UCAGAGAGUCAAUGCAAAGCAAUUUCCCGCUGGAAGAAACUUCCAUUUCCAUGGUUAUCAACGGCGGGUUUGCAAUUGCAGCAAAUCCGCUUCUGGGUUCCCUAAAUUUCUUCAUAAAUGAGUAUGAACCCCAAGAAUCGAAUUUGUACCUUCCUCUCUCUUCUCCAUUUUCGUUCUUUGUUUUGAUUUCCAUUUUCUACAUACAUUUUGUUUACGUCUCCCUUUCUCUCUUGAAUUUCUGGCUUCCGUACCUCCAUUUUCGCUAUGGCUUCUCCAUUUCUUCUCGCAUUUUCUAUCUUUUUCCUUUGGCUUUUACCCCUUUCUUCUCUCUCUGCCAACCGCUUCCCCAAAAUGCUCUUACACAACAACGACAUGUAUGAAUCUGUUAUUAGGAUGAAAACGGGUGGUUCCGCCAUUACAAUCGAUCCCACUCGUGUCAUUCAGCUUUCAUCCAAACCCAGGGCUUUCUUAUAUAAGGGAUUUUUGUCUUAUGAGGAGUGCCAGCAUCUUAUCCAUUUGGCGAAGGGUAAGCUACGUCAAUCAUUGGUGGCGGCUGGAACAGGUGAGAGUGUUGCAAGUAAAGAACGGACGAGUACUGGCAUGUUUCUUCGCAAGGCCCAGGAUAAAAUAGUUGCUCGCAUUGAGUCAAGGAUUGCUGCAUGGACUUUCCUUCCCCUUGAUAAUGGGGAGCCUAUUCAGAUACUAAGGUAUGAGAACGGACAGAAAUAUGAGCCACAUUUUGAUUUUUUUCAAGACCCAGGCAAUAUAGCGAUUGGAGGUCACCGGAUAGCCACAAUCUUGAUGUAUUUAUCCGAUGUUGAAAAGGGUGGAGAAACAGUCUUUCCCAAUUCUCCGGUUAAAUUAUCCGAGGAGGAAAAGGGUGACUUGUCUGAAUGCGCUAAGGUUGGCUAUGGAGUAAGACCAAAGUUGGGUGAUGCUUUACUGUUCUUCAGUAUGAAUCCAAAUGUGACACCAGACGCGACCAGCUAUCACGGGAGCUGCCCAGUGAUAGAGGGUGAGAAAUGGUCUGCAACUAAAUGGAUUCACAUGCUUCCAAUCGAUGAAGUUUGGAGGAAUCCAGCUUGUGUAGACGAAAAUGACCACUGUAGUGCGUGGGCAAAAGCAGGUGAAUGUAAAAAGAAUCCUGUUUAUAUGAUGGGUUCUAAGAAUGAACUUGGAUUUUGUAGGUUGAGUUGCAAAGUAUGCUCUCCUUCCUCAUAGAAAAGGAAAUGCUUGUUUUUACUUAUACACAAUUCAGUGGUAGGAGUUUUUUCUUCUUACACAUGUACACAUGUAAAUGACUUUGAGAGGCAUCACUUAGUAUAUUUAACUAUUGAAUC